CCGCAGGUGUUUGGCCCUAGCUCUCCAUGGCUCCCCGGGGCUUGGGCUGCUGGCGCUGGGCGGCGCGGCCUCGGGCCCUGCUGCUUCCUGGUGCCGCCUUUCCCUUCGGGUUCCGCCAACUAUUCUGUACCCUAGAGCUGGCCCCUCACAUCUGUGUGGUAGGCAGUGGCCCAGCUGGUUUCUAUACAGCCCAACACCUGCUGAAGCACCAUCCUCAGGCUCAGGUGGACAUCUAUGAGAAGCAGCUGGUACCCUUUGGUUUGGUCCGCUUUGGAGUGGCUCCUGAUCACCCGGAGGUGAAGAAUGUUAUCAAUACCUUUACCCAAACUGCUUACUCCCCUCGAUGUGCCUUCAGAGGCAAUGUGACUGUGGGACGGGAUGUGUCCAUGUCAGAGCUUCAGGAAGCCUACCAUGCUGUUGUGUUAAGCUAUGGGGCAGAGGAUCACCGGACCCUGGGCAUUCCAGGUGAGGAGCUGCCGGGUGUAAUCUCUGCCAGAGAUUUUGUGGGCUGGUACAACGGGUUACCUGAGAACCGUAAGCUGGCACCUAACCUGAACUGUGAUACGGCAUUGAUUCUGGGACAAGGGAACGUGGCCCUGGAUGUGGCUCGGAUCCUAUUGACCCCAACAGAGCUCCUCGAGAAAACAGACAUCACUGCCGAAGCGCUGAAUGUGCUGGAACAGAGCCAAGUGCAAAGGGUGUGGAUUGUGGGCCGCAGGGGCCCCUUGCAGGCAGCCUUUACCAUCAAGGAGCUCCGGGAGAUGAUUAACCUACCUGGGAGCCAGCCCCUUUUGGACCCUGCAGAUUUCUCAGGUCUGGAAGAAUUGAUCAAAGUGGCUCCCCGUCCAAGGAAGCGGCUAUUGGAGCUUCUGGUACGAACAGCACUGAAGCCACCAGAGGCCAAGGGGAUUGAUAGGAGAGCUGAGACUCCUCGAGCCUGGGGCCUCCGCUUCUUACGCAGUCCUCAGAAGGUGCUGGCCUCUCCAGAUGGGGGUCGAGUUGCUGGGAUCCGCCUGGCUGUCAUGAAACUAGAGGGCUCCGGUGAGAAUGCCCAAGCAGUGCCCACAGGGGCAGUGGAGGAUGUGCCGUGUGGACUGGUGCUGAGCAGUGUUGGUUACAAGAGCCGUCCAAUUGACCCCACUGUGCCCUUUGAUCCCAAGCUUGGAAUUAUCCCCAACAGUGAGGGUCGUGUGUUAGGUGCACCAGGUCUGUACUGUAGUGGCUGGGUUAAGCGAGGUCCCACAGGUGUUAUCGCCACCACCAUGAAUGACAGCUUCCUUACUGGCCAGGCCCUGCUCCAAGACCUUGAGGAAGGAGUGCUGCCUUUAGGCCCCAAGCUUGGCUACGCCAUGAUAGAGCCCUUACUCAAGAAUCGAGGGGUCCAGCCUGUCUCCUUUGAGGACUGGGAGAAGCUGGAUGAAGAAGAGGUGGCUCAGGGCCAGGUAGCUGGGAAGCCCCGGGAAAAACUGGUGGAUCCACAGCAGAUGCUACGAAUAAUAAGACACUGACUCUUCAGAUCUGACCUGGGCCAGAGUGUGGCAGGGCCAAAUUCAGGGGUGGGAGUGAUCCAGCAACAUGACUGGCCUGGGCUGGACCAGAGAAGGGACAAGGAGGGACAAAGUACAGUUUGCCCUAGAGCUCUGUGCUCAGUGUACCUGGCCGCCCCCACCCCUCUUUCUCAGGGGUCCCUGGCCUAUGCCACUGUCUCCGGUGCCCUUUUGAGCAAUUUCUCUGCCUCCCUCCACUGUUUUUUUUUUUUGUUUUUAGCAUGUUAUGUUUUAGCCACCAGCGUUUGGAUCACUUUAUGUUGGGGCAGGUCAGAGAUUGAUCGGAAUCCCCAGAAGCCUCAGUUUACAUCUGUGCUCUAAACCACAGCAUAGAUGCCCACUGCUGUCCUAACUCAUCCUUCAUCUGACAUGCCUCAGUGGGCCACAGGUAUCAGAAACCAAGGUGGAAGUAAAGAACUGGAAUAAAAGUCGUAG